AGGCAGGGGAACGCAAGGCAUAUCGUCGUCAAUUCGUCAUCUUCCCCAAUCCAACCCAACCCCCCCUGAACUGCACGGCUCGCAAUCGCAAGCCGAAAAGAGGUCAGCGAGCUGCGUAUCAGCGUAUGGCCCGCAUCUGAGGGGAGAGGAGGAGGAGGAGGAGGAGGAGGAGGGAUGGGGCGGGCGUUCGUGCACGUGAUCCUCGGCGGCGGCGUGGCCGCCGGCUACGCGGCGCUCGAGUUCGCCCGCCGCGGCGGCUACUCCCGCGGCGAGCUCUGCAUCAUCUCCGAAGAGACGGUUGCUCCUUAUGAACGUCCGGCACUAAGCAAAGGCUAUUUACUCCCAGAAGGUGCCGCUCGUCUUCCAGGAUUUCAUACCUGCGUUGGUGCCAAUGAUGAAUUACUGACGGCAAAAUGGUACAAAGAAAAUGGUAUUGAACUUGUUCUUGGAACAAAAGUGAUAACCGCUGAUGUAAGGAUGAAGACAUUGCUUACAGCCACUGGAGAAACUAUCAGCUAUAAGAAUCUUAUCAUUGCGACCGGUGCUCGGGCUUUGAAGCUGGAAGAGUUUGGAAUCAGUGGAUCAGAUGCUUCGAACAUAUGUUAUUUGCGCAAUCUUGAUGAUGCGGAUAAGUUAGUGAAUGUGAUGAAAUCAUGUCCUGGUGGAAAUGCUGUCGUCAUUGGUGGUGGCUAUAUAGGAAUGGAGUGCGCAGCAGCAUUGGUUACUAAUAGGAUAAAAGUAACCAUGGUCUUCCCUGAAAGCCACUGCAUGGCCCGUCUAUUUACACCAAAAAUUGCAGAAUAUUAUGAGAACUAUUACACUUCAAAAGGUGUUACCUUUGUCAAAGGAACUGUGCUUACAUCCUUUGAAAAAGAUUCGACAGGGAAGGUGACUUCAGUAAUCCUGAAAGAUGGUAAACACCUUCCUGCCGAUAUGGUUGUGGUUGGUAUUGGCAUCCGUGCAAGCACUGGUCUUUUUGAAGGUCAGCUGUUGAUGGAGCAAGGUGGGAUAAAGGUAAACGGACAAAUGUUAACAAGCGAUGGUUCUGUAUAUGCCGUUGGCGAUGUUGCUGCCUUCCCUAUCAAGCUCUUUGAUGGUGUUAUACGACGGCUUGAGCAUGUUGACUCAGCUCGCAGAACAGCGAGACAUGCUGUUGCAGCCAUCCUGGAGCCUUCAAAAACUAAGGACAUCGAUUACCUGCCAUUCUUCUACUCCAGGGUCUUCACAUUAUCCUGGCAAUUCUAUGGGAACAAUACCGGAGAAGUGGUUCACUUUGGAGACUUCACAAACAGCAGCCCAAGGUUUGGUGCCUAUUGGGUUGAUAAAAGCCGGAUUAGGGGUGCAUUUCUUGAAGGUGGAAGUCGAGAAGAAUACGAGGCGAUAUCGAAUGUUGUUCGGCGUAAAGCUAAGGUUAUAAACAUUGCUGAACUUGAAAAGCAAGGUCUGAUGUUUGCCAUUCAAGAAAGCCAGAAGGACUUGCCUGAUGGUGGGCUUGCUCUUGGUGAAAAGCCUACAUAUGUAUGGCAUGCAACGGCUGGUGUCAUUGCAGCUGCGUCCAUUGCUGCAUUUGGUUAUUGGUACGGCAGGAAACGCCGUAGGUGGUGAAAAAUCUGGGAGCGACUCAUUCCUUUUGCAAAUUCAUCGUCUCCUGUGCCUACAUAACUGAUGGACUAAAGUUACUCAGAGAAAAGUCCUGUAUAACCUGUAUCAGAGAAAAAAAUCAUGUACAAUCUGUAUGAAAGUAUCAUCUUUGUACCAAAUGUAAACAAAUACACAGAUCCCAUAAUAUAUAUUGUUUAAUGAAAUGGUAUGCUGUUAUGAAA